AUGCCAGGUACAUAUAUAUCAGGUAACAGUGGUAAAGCCGGAGUCCCGCUGCGCGGGGUGCGGCGCGCAGUUCCACAGCGCGGAGGCGUUGACGCGACACGCCCCCUGCGCCUGCGACCCACAUGCCAGGUACAUAUAUAUCAGGUAACAGUGGUAAAGCCGGAGUCCCGCUGCGCGGGGUGCGGCGCGCAGUUCCACAGCGCGGAGGCGUUGACGCGACACGCCCCCUGCGCCUGCGACCCACAUGCCAGACCCUGCCUGGUGUGUGGUGAGACAUUGUCGACAGAUGAGGAAUUACAAGCACACGCGAAGGAACGACACAGCACGGACCAGUUCAAAUGUGUACAGUGCGACAAAACAUUCGCCAGCUCGAAAUCCUACGAAGUUCACCACCAGCGGGUACAUCUGAACGUGCGAUGGCGAAAGUCGCGCGAUAAGCGAGCGAGACGCACUCACAGCGACCCGCCCAAGCGGAAGGAGGCCAUGUGCGAGGUGUGCGGCAAGGCGUGCGAGUCGAACGCAGCGUUGGUGUACCACCAGCGCUCUCACACGGGCGAGCGUCCCUACAAGUGUACACAGUGCCCUAAAUCCUUCACCAUGCCGCAGGCCCUCAUAGUGAGUACAUUAUAUUUGUACCACCAGCGCUCUCACACGGGCGAGCGUCCCUACAAGUGUACACAGUGCCCUAAAUCCUUCACCAUGCCGCAGGCCCUCAUAGUGAAUACAUUAUAUUGUAUUGUAACUAUUUGUAAAACCCUGGUGUACCACCAGCGCUCUCACACGGGCGAGCGUCCCUACAAGUGUACACAGUGCCCUAAAUCCUUCACCAUGCCGCAGGCCCUCAUAAAUCAUCAGCUGGUGCACUCGGACGAGCGGCCGUACACGUGCUCCGUGUGCCCGAAGGCCUUCAAACAGAAAGUGGCACUACAACUGCACAGCCGGGUCCACACCGGUGAGCGUCCAUACAAAUGUUCGCUAUGCGAUAGCUCCUUCAAACAAGGCCCUCAUCUUCGUACACACGUCAAACUGAUGCAUCACGCGCCCGACCGCCGUCCGCGGCGCAAACUGUAGUUACGAUGAGUUUGGGCCCAUUAGAAUCGUCUUGAUAAGUAGAUGAUGAUUAGGGAAUGCAAACCGGUAAAAAAUGCAUAGAAAUAACCAGGGAUAAACUGAAAUAAAUGUCAUAUACGAAGGAAAAAAUGACCAAAGCCUCCAGUGUCCAGAGCUGGAACCAGCGUCCCCCGUUUACCGGACAGGUACUGAAUCAAUUCGGGUGAUUUCGGGCUAGCGAAGAGAGAUGGCGCUGCCAUUAAUACUCUGAGAACAAAUUAAAUUAUUUUCUAUGAAAAUAUUUUAAUUUGUGUUUAAUUAAAAUAUUUUCAUAGAAAAUAAUUUAAUUUAUUCUUAGAGUAUAACCAGGGAUGUUGCGAAUAUUCGCAUCCGCAUAAAAUCUAUGCGGAGCUCAAUGCGGAUGCGGAUGUGGAACAGGUAGGUGCCGGAACGUCUUAGCGGCGGCGUAAGUAGGUAAUUUCGUCAUUAGCGAAUAGGAAUCUCGUUUCGUUUUCGUGAUUCGUCGAUCGAGCACUUUAGCCUAUGACGGACAGCGAAGUGAAAAGUUUGUUUUAUUUGGACUUUAGUAUAGUAAUGCGGUUGUGGGGCGCCUAAUAUUCUUGUUCAAAUACCAAGUUUCUUUUUUUUUAACAAAAAAUUACUAGUGUAAUAUUCGACGUUUGUUAGGGUUCCGUACCCAAAGGGUAAAAACGGGACCCUAUUACUAAGACUCCGCUGUCCGUCUGUCUGUCUGUCACCAGGCUGUAUCUCAUGAACCGUUAUAGCUAGACAGUUGAAAUUUUCACAGAUGAUGUAUUUCUGUUGCCGCUAUAUCAACAAAUACUAAAAAGUACGGAACCCUCGGUGCGCGAGUCCGACUCGCACUUGCCCGGUUAUUUAUGUGCCUAAUCUCGACAUCCGCGUCCGCGGAUGUGAGCCUUUAAAAAUCGGCAUCCGCAACAUCCCUGGAAAUAAGAGAUAAACCGGUAAAUUACCGGUAUUUUCAUACUAAAUAUUUACCGGUUGCAUUACCUAAUAAUGAUACAGAUUUAUGUACAGUCGCCAUCAGAUAUAUAGCGGCCAAGGUGCCUAUGAGCGGCCAAGGUGCUCACAAAUAUCUGAACACGCCUCUAUUGUCAAGGCGCUAGGUGCAUGUUCAGAUAUUUUUGAGCACCCCGGCCGCUCCGAUAUAUCUGAUGGCGACUGUACAAAGGUAACUGCAGCAUAAACGAUUGUUCUCUUGAGAUAAAUUCACCAGGCAGCUAUAAUUUUACAAUAAUAAUGU